AUGAUUGUAACUCAAAUUGCUGGUAAAAUUCAAGUCAUCUUUGGUCCAAUGUUUAGCGGAAAGACCACUGAGCUCAUUAGAAGAAUUAAAAGAUUUAAUUUUGCAAACAAAAAAUGCUUAUUAAUUAAAUAUAGUAAAGAUACUAGAUAUAACGAUAACAUUGAUAAAUCAUUUUUAGUUACCCAUGACAAACAAAAUUAUCAAGCUUUCCCAUGUUCAAUUUUAGAAGAUGUUAAAGAACAAGCACAAAACUAUGAUGUAAUUGGUAUUGAUGAAGGCCAAUUUUUCCCAGACGUUGUACAAUUUAGUGAAGACUUGGCAAAUCAAGGUAAAACCGUUAUAAUUGCCGCACUAGAUGGUACCUUCCAAAGAAAACCAUUCCAAUCAGUCAUUGAUUUAGUAUCAAAGGCUGAAUAUAUUACAAAGUUAACUGCCGUUUGUAUGGUUUGCUACAAUGAAGCCGCCUUUUCAAAACGUAUCGUCGAAAGUGAUGAUAUCGAAUUAAUUGGUGGUAUAGAUAAAUAUAUUUCCGUUUGCCGUGGUUGCUACAAUAGUGAUCAAAAUGAAGGAAAUAGUACCAAACCAAGCAAAACCGCACGUCAUUCUCAUUCUCAAAGCGCACCAUCCGUUGCUCCACUUGCUGUAAACAUUAAUCCUGAUGAUCAUUUAAAUAAUGAUUAUUAA